CUUAUAAAUCCAUAGAAAUAAAUCUCCUUUCUUUCUUCCCCAAACCAACAGAAGUAGAAUAUAUGGCUUCAGCAAAAUUCUCGAGCUUCUUUUUCUUCCUUCUGUGCCUUUCCUUCUUCUGCUUGGAGAGAUGCAGAUCACAAGCUCCUGCUGCAAAGACUGAUCCUGUCGACGCACGAGCGGUGAACGCGAUAAUGGGUAGGUGGGGGAAGAGGGCGUCAUCGUUGUGGAACAUCAGUGGGGAGCUGUGCAGCGGGAUCGCCAUUGACUCAACUAAUUUCGGCGAUUUCAAUCCCGCCAUUAAGUGCGAUUGCUCCUUUCUUGACGGCACUCUCUGCCACGUUACCCAAUUCAAGGUGUUUGAGCUGGAUGCAAUUGGCACAUUCCCUGAGGAGCUCAGCAACCUCACUUAUCUUUGGAAUCUAGAUAUAGGCCGGAACUACUUGACAGGGCCAUUGCCUGCCUUUAUAGGAAACUUGUCCUCACUGCUAUACCUGAAUUUUGGAACCAACGCGUUGUCUGGACCGAUUCCUAAAGAGCUCGGGAAUCUAAAAAAGCUCAUUUCACUAGGCAUGGGGCCGAACAACUUCCAUGGCACCAUUCCACCAGAGCUUGGCGGCCUCAGCAGCUUACAACAAUGGUACACGGAUAGCAGCGGACUAAGUGGUGAUCUCCCAACUUCUCUAUCCAAACUUACAAACUUGCAGACUGUGUGGCUAUCGGACAAUAAUUUUACAGGCAGAGUUCCAGACUUCAUUGCAACUUGGAAAAACCUAAACGUCCUGAGGAUGCAAGGGAACUCUUUCAGUGGUCCAAUUCCUUCAAGCUUUGCCAGUCUCACCAAUCUUACUGACUUACGAAUAGGAGACUUGAAAGAUGGGAGUUCUUCACUGGCAUUCAUUAGUAAUAUGACAUCUCUAAACACACUGAUCUUAAGAAAUGCCAUGAUUUCUGAUUCUCUUCCAUCAAACUUUGCAAAAUAUACAAAUUUAAUGAAAUUGGAUUUGAGUUUCAACAACAUUACAGGCAAUGUUCUGCCGUCUCUUCUCAACUUGAACUCUCUGAACAUAUUAUUCCUUGGAAACAACAGCAUAACAGGCAUCUUACCGGGAACAAAGAGCACAACACUUAAGACUAUAGAUCUAUCAUAUAAUCAACUAUCAGGAAGCUUUCCAUCCUGGGUCAGCGAACCAGACUUGAAGCUGAACUUGGUCGCCAACAAUUUUUUCCUGGACAAUUCUAAUAACAGUGUCUUACCUUCAGGAUUGGAGUGUCUUCAAAGAGACUUACCAUGCUUCCACGGCUCACCAGUAUAUUCUCAGUUUGGAAUAAAGUGUGGUGGAAGUGCAAGCUUGACAAGUUCUGAUGGAACUAAUUAUGAGAAGGAUAAUGCUAAUCUCAGUACAGCAUCUUAUUUUGUGACUGAUCCUUACAAAUGGGCAGUAAGCAACACUGGAAGCUUUGCAGGUGCCUCAAAUCCUGAUACAAAUAAUAUAAUUAGUUCUCAGACCAUAUCACAGAACACACUGGAUUCAGAGCUGUUUCAGACUGCAAGGAUGUCACCUUCCUCAUUAAGAUAUUAUGGUUUGGGGCUUGAAAAUGGAAACUAUACAAUAAAACUACAGUUUUCUGAGAUUGGAUUAGUAGAUCCACCAACUUGGAAGAGCUUAGGAAGAAGGGUUUUUGACAUUUAUAUACAGGGAAUGCUCAAGGAGAAGGACUUCGAUAUAAGAAAGGAAGCUGGAGGGAAAUCUUUUAAAGUAGUAUUGAAGCAAUACCAAGCUCCUGUAACAAACAACGUCCUAGAAAUACAUUUAUUUUGGGCAGGAAAGGGUACAAGUUUUAUUCCUAGUCAAGGUUACUAUGGUCCAUCCAUUUCCGCAAUCAGCGUAUCUCCUUAUGAUUUCACCCCGUCUGUCAGCAACAAAGCCCCAAAUUCCUCUUCAUCAAGUAACAAAACAGGCUUAGUAGUAGGGAUUGUAGUUGGUGUUGUUGCACUGGGACUCGUCAUUUUUGCAAUAUUAGUGUGUAGACAUAAGCAAAAAAAACUUAAGAAAGAUGAAGAAGAGUUGUUAGGAAUGAGUAUCAGACCAAACACAUUCAGCUAUGCUGAAUUGAGAACAGCCACUGAGGAUUUCAACCAGUCGAAUUUUCUAGGCGAGGGAGGAUUUGGGCCUGUGUACAAGGGUAAACUAAAUGAUGGAAGAAUGGUGGCUGUGAAGCAACUCUCAGUCGCAUCUCACCAAGGGAAGAUUCAAUUCAUGGCAGAAAUAGCAACUAUAUCAGCAGUCCAACACCGUAAUCUCGUUAAGUUGUAUGGUUGCUGCAUUGAGGGAGACAAGAGGCUGUUGGUUUAUGAGUAUUUGGAAAAUAAGAGCUUGGAUAAAGCUAUUUUCGGAAAAAGCGGUUUGCAACUUGAUUGGGAAACACGCUUUGAGAUUUGUGUGGGAGCAGCAAGAGGUUUAGCUUAUCUUCACGAGGAUUCGAGUGUGAGAAUUGUUCACAGGGAUGUUAAAUCCAGCAACAUUCUAUUAGAUAGUAAUCUUAAUCCAAAGAUAUCAGAUUUUGGUUUGGCUAAGCUUUAUGAUGACAAGAAGACUCACAUCAGCACUAGAGUUGCAGGCACGAUAGGUUAUCUUGCACCUGAAUAUGCUAUGAGAGGGCAUCUAACCGAGAAGGCUGAUGUGUUUGGUUUUGGAGUUGUCGCUCUUGAAAUUGUUAGCGGUAGGCCUAAUUCAGAUCCCACCCUUGAGGAUGAGAAAGUCUACUUGCUUGAUUGGGCUUGGCGUUUAUACGAACAGAAGCAUGAACUGGAGUUGGUGGAUUCCAGUCUAUCGUCAUACAAUAGAGAUGAAGCCACCCGAGUGAUCGGCGUUGCUCUUCAAUGCAUCCAGGCAUCGCCGGCAUUACGGCCGCCGAUGUCGAGAGUGGUGGGUAUGGCCGGAGAUAUCGAGGUUAACGAGGUCACCACAAGGCCGAGCUAUCUAACAGAAUGGCAGUUCAAGGAUAUAAGCAGCAAUUUUGCAGAUAACGAAUCUUCGAGAUCAACAGAUACAAGAGCAACAAAUAGCCGAGGUUUUGAGUCAUCAGAUCCGAACACUGUAAUUAAUUUAGAAAGUAAUCCUUCAAAUGAUGCGCCUUUAAGGCACAACGGCUCCAUUGGAGAAGGAAGACAAAACUCGCGAAACAAACGGUACCGCAACAUUUUUAAAAACACCUCCGCAUUUAUAAGCUGCUCAAACGGGCAUGUUGAUCUAGUGCAAUACAAAGGGAUGUUUUUCACAAAAUUUUCCCAGAAAGGCUAUCGCACUACUGCUAUAUACCUCCGUGUCCUGUCAUCCUUCUAUGAAAUACUCUCUGCGAUCCAUCUUCUCAGAGAAAUAGAGAGGAUGGCUUCAUCAAAGUUUUCAUUCUUUCUUCACCAACUGCGCUCUGUUUUCUUCAUCUUCUUCUUCCUUUUGGCUACAGAUGUUGCUGCGAGGACUGAUCCUAUUGAAGCACGAGCAGUGAACACGAUAUUGAAUAGAUGGAGGAAGUCGGCAUCAUCAUCAUGGAACAUAAGCGGCGAUCUAUGCAGCGGCAUCGCUAUAGACUCCACCCCCACGGGUGGCUCCUUCAACCCUGGCAUCAAAUGUGAUUGCUCCUCCAAUGACUCGCUCUGCCACGUUACCGAAUUCAAAGUGUAUGCACUGGAUGCAAUCGGCACAUUCCCUGAGGAGCUCAGCAACCUCACGUAUCUUACGAACGUGAAUUUUGCUCAGAACUAUUUGACCGGGCCAUUGCCUGCUUUUAUAGGAAACUUAGCAGGUCUCCAAUACCUGACUUUUGGAACUAAUGCGUUGUCUGGACCUAUUCCUAAAGAGCUCGGGAAACUUAAAAAUCUUAUUGUGCUAGGCAUGGGGGCAAACAACUUCAGUGGGACUAUUCCACCAGAGUUUGGGGACCUAAGCAGCCUACAACAAUGGUACUUAGAUAGUUCUGGACUAAGUGGUGAGCUCCCAACUUCUCUAUCUAACCUUACCUCCUUGCAGAUUUUGUGGGCUUCAGACAAUAAUUUCACAGGCAAAAUACCAGAAUUCAUUGGGACUUUCACAAGCCUAAACGAUUUGAGAAUACAAGGAAACUCCUUCAAUGGUCCAAUCCCUUCAAGCUUUUCUAGUCUCUACAAUCUUAAGGAUUUACGAAUAGGAGACAUAAUAGAUGGAAAUUCUUCACUCUCAUUUAUUAGCAAUAUGACAUCUCUAAGCACACUGAUCUUAAGAAAUGCCAAGAUUUCUGAUGUUCUUCCAUCAAACUUUGCGAAAUAUAAAAGUUUAAUGAAUUUGGAUUUGAGCUUCAACUACAUUACUGGCAAUGUUCCACAGUCUCUUCUCAACUUGAGCUCUCUGAAACUAUUAUUCCUUGGGAACAACAGCAUAACAGGAAGCUUACCAGGAACAAAGAGCACAGGACUCAAUACUGUAGAUCUAUCAUACAAUCAACUGUCAGGCAGCUUUCCAUCUUGGGUCAGCGAUCCAAACAUAAAGCUAAACUUGGUUGCCAACAACUUCGUCCUAGACAAUUCUAAUAUCAGUGUAUUGCCUUUCGGAUCAGAGUGUCUUCAAAGGGACAUACCAUGCAACCGUGGUUCACCAGUCUAUUCUCAGUUUGGGAUAAAAUGUGGUGGAAGUGCAAGUGUGACAAGUUCUGAUGGAACUAACUAUGACAGGGAUAAUGCUAAUCUCAGUGCAGCAUCUUAUUAUGCCACUGAUCCAUACAAAUGGGCAGUAAGCAACACUGGAAGCUUUGUAGAUGCUUCAAAUCCUGAUGCAAAUUAUAUAAUUAGUUCUCAGUCCCAAUUCCAGAACACACUGGAUACAGAACUGUUUCAGACUGCAAGGAUGUCACCUUCCUCAUUAAGAUACUAUGGCUUAGGACUUGAAAAUGGAAAUUACACAAUACAGCUACAGUUUGCCGAGAUGGGAAUUAUAAAUCCACCCACGUGGAAGAGUUUAGGAAGAAGAGUUUUUGAUAUUUAUAUACAGGGAAAGCUUAAAGAGAAGGACUUUGAUAUAAGAAAGGAAGCUGAUGAGAAAUCAUUUACAGCAGUAUUGAAGAAAUACCAAGCUCCUGUAACAAACAACUUCCUAGAAAUACAUUUCUUUUGGGCUGGAAAGGGUACAUGUUGUAUUCCUACCCAAGGCUAUUAUGGCCCAUCCAUUUCUGCAAUCAGUGUAUCUCCUUAUGACUUUAUCCCUUCUGUCAGUAACAAAGCCCCAAAUUCCUCUUCAUCAAGUAACAAAACAGGUCUAAUUGUGGGUAUUGUAGUUGGCGUUGUAGUGUUGCUGGGACUUGUCAUUUUUGCAAUAUUAUUUUGGAAACAUAAGCAAAAAAGUUUCAGCAAAGAUGAUGAAGAGUUGUUAGGAAUGACCAUCAAACCAAAUACAUUCAGCUAUGCGGAAUUGAGGGCGGCAACCGAGGAUUUCAACCAGUCUAAUUUGUUAGGCGAGGGAGGAUUUGGGCCUGUGUACAAGGGUAAACUAUAUGAUGGAAGAAUGAUAGCAGUAAAGCAACUAUCAGUAGCAUCUCACCAAGGAAAGAGCCAAUUCAUGGCAGAAAUAGCAACAAUAUCAGCAGUUCAACAUCGUAAUUUAGUUAAAUUGUAUGGUUGCUGCAUUGAGGGAGACAAGAGACUCUUGGUUUAUGAGUAUUUGGAAAAUAAGAGCUUAGAUAAAGCUGUUUUCGGGACAAGUGGUUUGCAUCUUGAUUGGAAAACACGCUUUGAGAUUUGUGUAGGUACAGCAAGAGGUUUAGCUUAUCUUCAUGAGGAAUCAAGUGUGAGAAUCGUCCACAGGGAUGUUAAAGCCAGUAACAUUCUAUUAGAUGGCGAUCUUAACCCAAAGAUAUCAGAUUUUGGUUUGGCUAAGCUUUACGAUGACAAGAAGACUCACAUCAGCACAAGAGUUGCCGGCACAAUAGGUUAUCUUGCACCAGAAUAUGCUAUGAGAGGGCAUCUAACAGAGAAGGCUGAUGUGUUUGGUUUUGGAGUUGUUGCUCUUGAAAUUGUCAGUGGUAGGCCGAAUUCAGACCCUGCUCUUGAUGAAGAGAAAGUCUACUUGCUUGAUUGGGCUUGGCAUUUAUAUGAGGAGAAGCAUGAACUGCGCAUGGUGGAUCCAAGUCUAUCAUCUUAUGAUAGGGAUGAGGCCACUCGAGUAAUCGGCAUUGCUCUUCUAUGCAUCCAAACAUCGCCAGUAUUACGACCACCGAUGUCAAGGGUGGUGGCUAUGUUGGCCGGAGACAUUGAGGUUAACGAGGUUACCUCAAGGCCAAGCUACCUAACAGAAUGGCAGUUUAAGGAUCUAAGCAGCAAUUUUGUUAGUGAUGAUUUUUCCAGAUCAAUAAACACAGGACUAACAAAUGACCAAGCUAGUGCAUCAUCAGAUCCAAGCAUGCACAUAAGCACUAAUCCUUCAACUGAUGCGCUUUUAACUUUCACCUCUAUGGAGGAAGGAAGGUGAUCUCUUUCCUCUCAGGAUGACAGAGGCAAAAAUAUUCACCUGACAUGAGUCGAAAUGCCACUCUUUCGGAGAACAUGCUUCGUCGAAAUGGCUCAAAAUUUCAUUUGCCCUUACAUGCUACGGGAAGAGGUCCGAGGAGUGAACCUUAGCUGCUGAGGAGUAGGAAGCCCAGAGCGAGUACGGAAGACAGAGGAAGCUUCGAAGACCGAGAGAGGAGAGGGUUACAAGUCAUUGAAUGCUCUUGCCCGCGGUACUCGAACGCUUGAAGCACAAUUAGGAAGCGCGGCAGCGAAACAAAAAGUGGAAGCUCGCCAUUCGAGAAGGCAGCUGGAGGCGGUGGCAAAGAAAGGAAAGAGAAUCGUGCGACUCGCGCAAUCCGGGAGGCAACGCACUGCGGAAUCGGAGUGAGAUAACAAAGGGAAUUGUGUAAUUUUUAUGGUGCAUGAAUAACUAUAUGCACUGCCGAAUAAAA